UAGCAUAGACCUGUUGCGUUGAUUUGGUUUACUUCAGUUUGAAUUAUUAACUAUUUGGAUAGGAUUCUACGAUUUUUCAAAAUUAAGUUCAGUUUAAGAGCUGAAAUUUGUGGUGAACCGCAGUGAAAGCUGUAAAAUUACUUUUAAUUUGAUCACACCACAGUGUAAAAACAACAGGCUGAUUACCUACUUUAUCGCUAAUUGCAGGAAAAUGUCUAACUCGAGGUCUAACUAGACACCAAGCAAACCAAUAAUGGACCACCAGACCCCUUUACCGCUUCUAGUUGUCGGAAAUUUAGCUGAUAACUGGAAAAUUUUCAAACAAAAUUUCCUCAAUUACAUCCAAGCACCGAAAAUCCGUUCAACCAGUGCAGAAACUCAUGUGGCUAUAUUACUGAAUUUGAUCGGCGAGGAUGGUCUGCGGAUAUUCAAUACGCUUAAUUUAACUGAAUCUCAAGUGAACGAUUUACACAAGGUGCUGGACGCAAUGGAGGCAUACUGCACCGAAUCUCAUCGCAGCGACAUAGUUUACAAGCGAUCGGUUUUCAACCAGCGAUGUCAGGGUAAGGACGAAACAUUUGAUGCAUUUCUGCUUGGAGUGAAAACAUUGGCCAAGGAAUGCGGUUUUGGUGUUUUGGAAAAUGUGCGAAUUAAAGACCGAAUUGUUAUGGGAUUGAGAGAUCUGGAAACUAGAGACAAAUUGGAAAAAAUUAAAGAUUUAACGCUGGAGAAUGCAAUCAGUUUCUGUCGAGCUAGUGAGUCGAUGACAUUGUCUAGUAAUAAGACUGAAGGUGUUAUCGUGUUACAGCAUCAGGUUAGCAGCAAAAGCACGGAUUGUGUGCUAGCUACGGAAUGUGGAAGCCAAGAAUUAGAGUACGCCAAUAUGAAGCCGGAAAAUAUGUGUGGCAUGUCCUUUUGGCAUCCGUCAUGGCUGCAAAAAUUCGCAAAUUCAAAAACAUUUCUAAUCGUUUAUGGUUUGCUGGGCACAACACAGGCGAUGGGCUAUUUAUAUUUUGUAGUUUCAUUGACCACAAUAGAAAAACGCUUCAAAAUUCCCAGUCAAACUACAGGCAUAAUCCUAAGUGGUAAUGAAAUAUCCCAGAUUUUGCUAUCACUGAUCUUAUCGUACGCUGGUGGACAAAGAAAUCGCCCUCGAUGGAUUGCAUGGGGUGUUGUGUUUUGUGCAUUAUCUUGUUUCAUCUUGGUGCUGCCGCAUUUUAUCUACGGUCCCGGUGAAGAGGCUCUGCAACUGACUCAAGAGUAUAAGGAUUUGCAUGCGGAAGCUAGUCUAUUUUUGAAUUCUACAGUGCCCAGUACGCCGAAGGGUACGAGUAAAUUGUGUCUUGGUCUCAUCGAAGACGAGGAAUGCGAUGAACUAUUUUCAAUUGUUCCGUUGGUGCUGAUAUUUAUGUCACAAUUUGUACUUGGUAUUGGUAACACCAUGUACUAUGCUCUAGGACAAACGUAUCUUGAUGACAAUACAAAGAAAACAAAUACUCCGAUGAUGCUUGCAUACGCUAUGUCUCUAAGAAUGUUUGGACCUGUGGUCGGAUUCGUUUUGGGCUACUUUUCGCUGAAAGUGUACAUUGACCCAACGAAGACUCCGUUGAUCAACAAUAAGGAUCCUAGAUGGCUCGGUGCUUGGUGGCUGGGAUGGAUCAUCCUUGGAUUCAGUAUGCUAAUUUUCGCCGCACUAAUCGGAAUGUUUCCGAAACAUUUGCCAAAAAAGAAAGUCAUUAGAGAUACGUCGGAAACGCCGAGAAUGGCGUACGUCGACGAGGAUAUACCAUUCCGGAGUAGUGAGAUUCAUCACUUUGGUAAUAAGCGACGGGUACAGGAAAAAGACGAAUCACCGAAAAUGAAAGAUUUUCCAGUGGCGUUAAUGAGACUGUUAAAAAACAAAAUCUUGAUGUUCAAUAUUUUGUCCACAAUCUUUUACAUACUCGGCUCAUCCGGGUACAUAACAUUCCUGAGCAAAUACAUGGAGGUUCAAUUCAAUAAAAAUUCAGCCGAUGCGUCAAUUAUUACCGGACCAAUAACGAUCAUUGGCAUGGUAUCCGGAUUCCUAUUGUCUGGUUACAUAAUCAGUAAAUACAAACCGUCCCCUAGGAAACUGUUCUUUUGGAAUGUGAUCGUUGGGCUCGGUUAUAUGGCUGGCCAAGUCAGUUACAUUUUCCUCAGCUGUGACAACAACUACAUCAAUAACUUCUCUGGAACGCUCAACUUAACCGCACAAUGUAAUACCAAUUGCUCGUGUACGGGAGUCGCUUACAGUCCUGUGUGCUACGAACCGACAUCGACAACAUUUUUUUCGCCAUGCCAUGCUGGAUGUAACCGAUGGGAUGAUAAAGGAAAAUAUUACGACAAUUGUGCAUGCGCUACGGAUAAUCAAUUCACCAAGCCAGUCUUUAACUAUUCAACCAUUCAAAUGCAAGUUACCGAAAUCUUUAGAAUCCCGGAUACAACCACACCUGAUAGAAAAUCAGAUACUACGGACUUCACCACCUCGAGCAUGUCGAGUAUAUUGACAUCAACUUUACCAGUCGUUAGUACAACAGAAGAGUUCUCUGGAUCAGUAGUGUUCACUGAAUCAACACCGAAUAUACCGAGUACUACAGUUGAACAUCAGUACGAGCCCUUACUCUUCAAAACGAUCAUCAACACAACAGACAGUCCCCCAGAAGAAUUACAGUUGAGCGAGGAGCAGUCAACCAGUGACAUAAGCUAUACUGAACCAAAUGACAAUGAAAGUGAGGAUACUGAUACUGCCGCUCCAAGUGACGACUUCAGUGAGACUGACUUCAAUACAACUGAAGAAAAACUGUCCCGGCAAGAGCGAUCGGCGAAUGACAACGAGAACAGUUUUUUGAAAAUGGUUCCGGGUGCUUGUUUGGCAGGAUGUGCCCAAGGCUUUUAUUUGUUUACCAUCAUUUCAUUUAUAAUCAAUUGGUUCGGUGCAACCGGUCGAAUAGGAAAUAUUUUGCUGAAUUUCAGAGUUGUACUGGAGAAGGACAAGGCAAUGUCUCAAGGUCUCGCCCUGAUGUUAGUCAGUCUAUUCGCUCUGAUCCCUGGCCCUAUCAUUUACGGUUACAUAAUCGAUGGCACCUGUUCAAUAUGGAACUACAAAUGUGGAAAGCGAGGAAAUUGUCAACUGUACAAUACCACCCAGUUCCGGUACAACGUUAAUCUCGCCGCUAUGAUGCUAACACUUACCGGCGUGACAUUCGACGUUUUGGUGUGGUAUUACAGUAAGAACAUCGAUCUUUAUGGGGAGGGCGAACAAAAGAAAGUGUCGAGUCAUCAAGACCGGAUCAGGAAACCGAUUAGUCCGUUGCUAUCGAAAAAACCGAAUGACAGAUAAGUGUAGGGAGUCAUGGGGCAAUGUGGUAACAAUUUUUUUUUCUUUGUUUCCUAUGUCUCAGACGUUGUUUGUUCUUAGAAUAUUC